AUGAGCGCAAGACUUAAUGCAUCUGCAUUACCAAAUCAUCCUGGCCGUGCUGCACUCGUUUCUGGCCUGAAACGGUCGUCAAUUCCUAAAAGUAUCCCGAUUACGAACCGUCCGCUGGCGUCGGACCAUUCGUCGGCAUCGUCACCAACAUUCAGCAGUGUUGAUCAUAUUCGUAGUUAUUCAUUGUCCCGUACUCAUUCAGAUCAAACAUCGCACACAGGUAGUGGGUCAUCAACACCGUCAUCAAGUCGUCGAACAUCUCUCUCUGACAAACAUGAUAAACCACGAAGAGGUAGUUCACAGUUGCUACGAACGCCGAAAAGUUUAUGCGAAUGGCACGAACAACCAGUAAAUCUUCUCGAACAACCGUUCCUAUUAGAUACUGUCAAUAUUCAAAUUCUAUCGCCGAAUAGUGAUCGGACCCAGCGUCCUUUCUUUUGUGAUCCUAGUCUUCUCGAUGAAAACGUAAACGCUGAAAAUGAUGAACAUACAAUCAAUACAUCAGAUGUGACAGAGAACAAAUAA